CCCUGCACAGCUCCCCGCAUCCCUUGCUUUCCUCGCCAAAGAGGAGGAAGUAUUCUCUGCUGAAUGUGGAGAGAGUGGGGAGUGCAGAGUGCAGUGAAGUUAGAUGGAACAAGUCAAAAGAAUAUGUGGGGGUGCUGUUUGCAGAUUCUUUUAGUUAGCAUUCAAGUCUUUCUAAUCUUUUAUAAAUGAUAGCCAAUUAAAGAAAGAGGUCUGUUUGUUCUAGUAAAAAGUUUCCCUUUUGUUCCUCAUAGAAGCCAUAUUCCAAGGCACUCAGCAGGAAGACAAAGUAACAUUGCAGGAGGGAAUUGAUAAAAUGUAGGAGCACUUACAUGAAAAAAGUGAACCACCGAUUGUCCAAGUUUCACUUUUUCCAUUUGGGGUACAUGUUCUUUUUUAUUAUUAUUAUUGAGGUAACAUUGGUUUAUAACAUUAUAUAAUUUCAGGUGUAUAUCAUUAUAGGUCGAUUUUUGUGUGGACUGCAUCAUGUUCUACACCCAAAGACUAAUUACCAUCCAUCACCACACACAUGUGCCCAGUUACCCCUUUCGCCCUCCUCCCUCUGGUGUACAUGUUCUUUCCGGAGCAAAAGGAGAAGUUUUUGCAAUAUGUGGAAGCUGCGAUGCUUUGGGGAACUGGAAUCCUCAAAAUGCUGUGGCUCUUCUUCCGGAAAAUGAGACAGGUGAAAGCUUGUUAUGGAAAGCAACCAUUGUACUCAGUAGAGGAGUAUCAGUUCAGUAUCGCUACUUCAAAGGGUGCUUUUUGGAACCAAAGACUAUCGGUGGUCCAUGUCAAGUCAUAGUUCACAAGUGGGAGACUCAUCUACAACCACGAUCAAUAACCCCUUUAGAAAGUGAAAUUAUUAUUGACGAUGGACAAUUUGGAAUUCACAAUGGUGUUGAGACUCUGGAUUCUGGAUGGCUGACGUGUCAGACUGAAAUAAGAUUACGUUUGCAUUAUUCUGAAAAACCUCCUGUGUCAAUAACCAAGAAAAAAUUUAAAAAAUCUAGAUUUAGGGUAAAGCUGACACUAGAGGGUCUGGAGGAAGAUGACGAUGAUAGAGUAUCUCCCACUGUUCUUCACAAAAUGUCCAAUAGCCUGGAGAUAUCAUUAAUAAGCGACAAUGAGUUCAAGUGCAGGCAUUCACAGCCAGAGUGUGGGUAUGGCUUACAGCCUGAUCGUUGGACGGAGUAUAGCAUCCAGACAAUGGAACCAGAUAACCUGGAACUAAUAUUUGAUUUUUUUGAGGAAGAUCUCAGUGAACACAUAGUUCAGGGCGAUGCCCUUCCUGGACAUGUGGGUACAGCAUGCCUCUUAUCAUCCACCAUUGCUGAGAGUGGGAAGAGUGCUGGAAUCCUUACUCUUCCCAUCAUGAGCAGAAAUUCCAGAAAAACAAUAGGCAAAGUGAGAGUUGACUAUAUAAUUAUUAAGCCAUUACCAGGAUACACUUGUGACAUGAAAUCUUCAUUUUCCAAAUAUUGGAAGCCAAGAAUACCAUUGGAUGUUGGACAUCGAGGUGCAGGGAAUUCUACAACAACUGCUCAGCUUGCUAAAGUUCAAGAAAAUACUAUUGCUUCUCUAAGAAAUGCUGCUAGUCAUGGUGCAGCCUUUGUAGAAUUUGAUGUACAUCUUUCAAAAGAUUUUGUGCCUGUGGUGUAUCAUGAUCUCACCUGUUGUUUGACUAUGAAAAAGAAAUUUGAUGCUGAUCCAGUUGAAUUAUUUGAAAUUCCAGUAAAGGAGUUAACAUUUGACCAACUCCAGUUGUUAAAGCUCGCUCAUGUGACUGCACUAAAAUCUAAAGAUCUGAAAGAAUCUGUGGUUGAGGAAGAAAAUUCUUUUUCUGAAAACCAGCCAUUUCCUUCCCUUAAGAUGGUUUUAGAGUCUUUGCCAGAAGACGUAGGGUUUAAUAUAGAAAUAAAAUGGAUCUGCCAACAGAGGGAUGGAAUGUGGGAUGGUAACUUGUCAACAUAUUUUGACAUGAAUCUGUUUUUGGAUAUAAUUUUAAAAACUGUCUUAGAACAUUCUGGGAAGAGGAGAAUAGUGUUUUCUUCAUUUGAUGCAGAUAUUUGCACAAUGGUUAGGCAAAAGCAGAACAAAUAUCCCAUAUUAUUUUUGACUCAAGGAAAGUCUGAUAUUUAUCCUGAACUCAUGGACCUCAGGUCUCGGACAACCCCCAUUGCAAUGAGCUUUGCACAGUUUGAAAAUCUGCUGGGGAUAAAUGCACAUACUGAAGACCUGCUCAGAAACCCAUCCUACAUUCAAGAGGCAAAAGCUAAGGGACUAGUCAUAUUCUGCUGGGGUGAUGAUACCAAUGAUCCUGAAAACAGAAAGAAAUUGAAGGAAUUUGGAGUUAAUGGUCUAAUUUAUGAUAGGCAGAUGCUUCAUCUCAACGGCCUUCCUUGAUUGGAGCCAAAUACGGACAUGUGAUGGAGAACAGGAAGAUACUGUGUGAUAUAAAAGGCCCCGAAGAAAGUGAGUGCUUCUUGGCCUGGGGUCAAUAAGGAUAAUUUUAAAGCAGCAGCAUUGCCAUGAAUUUUGGAGGGUGAUUAAACUCACUUUGACAGGAUUUGCGUUUUAGGCAGAGGUGAGAGCAUGAAUGGGGCAGGGCUCUGUUGAAGAUGUGGAGGAUGUUUAGGACACAGCCCAGCAGUGGCUCCUGCUAGGGUCUGACAAGAGGAGCGGUGCAUUGUGUUAGAGUUGGUUUUUACCUUUGAAAGUCUUUAUUUAAUUCUAAUCAAAGAACUACGCGUAUAACUAUAUAUACAUAUACUUGAUUUAAAAAAUCAAGUAGUCUACAGGGCUUACAAUAAAAACCAGCAGUCCCCUAUCCCUGUCCCUUUCAUUGUCUCUAGCUGAGUUCCUAUGCCCUAAUUUUUUUUAGCUGUUUCUUCUGGUACUUAAUGUGCUUGUGCUAUUAUUUUUUUCAUUAUCAAAUUUAGACAUAUAAAAGGUUUUGAAUGAUUAGUGAUUCAGAGCCUUGGAUUCAUUUUACAUUGGAGAGUGUGAUGAGAGUGGGCAUUUUUAGUUUAUCAAAACCAUUUUGUUCUUUUACAAAGGCAUUAACACAGUAGAUUUUACAGUUAAUCAUAGUUUUGUGAUAUAUUAUUUCAUAUACCACUACAUUUGAUUUGCUAUUUGGGGAUUUCUGCAUUUAUGAUAAUGAGCAAGAAUGGCCUUUAAUUUACCUUUCUCAAAUGGUUGUCUAAUUUUGGUAUGGGUACCAAGUACCUACCUCAUACAGUAAAUUGGGCGGUGUUCCCUCUAUUUAUAAAAAAUUACUGUGCUCAAAUGAUUUUAAAAAUACAGUAACAGACACCACCUUUAAGGUAAAGAACAUCAUCCUUAGAUUUGAAGUCCCUUGUGUGCCUCUCCCUAAUUCUAUUCCCUUAUCUCCUCCCUCAGAUAUAACUGCUUAUCAAAUUAGUAUUCUUUUUAAAAAUUUUUUAAAUUCCUAAUUUCUAUCAGUAAACAAUAUACCAUUUAGUUUUGCAUGGCUUUAAACUUUUUAACUUUUUUUCCACUUGUUAUGAUGUUCCUAAAAUCAAUCCAUUUGUUGCAUGUAGCUAUAAUUUAUUCAUCUUCAUGGCUGUAUAAUAUGCAUGGCUGUAUGUCUCUACCACAAUUUAUUCUGCUAUUUGAGAAGACUUAGGUGAUUGCCAAGUUUUCGAUAUUACAUAAUAGUGUCUCCUAAAAUACGUGUGUAAAGUUUCUCUAGGGCAAUGAUUUUCAAACCUUUUAGACGCCAACGCAGUUAGAAAUGCAUUUUACAUUGCAACCUAGUGCACGCAGAGCUAUGUAUAUCUACCAAUGUGUACCUAAAACAAAAUUUUAAAAAUAAUGCCCCUUGGGUAUUUUUAUUCGUAUAUGUACUUUUUAAAUGGUAGUUUAUUGCACCACUGGCCUUUAUCUUUUUAAAUGCUAGUUUUAACUUUCUGAACUGAUUUGCAACCCCACUUGGUCUCUAGCUCAGCAUGAUAAGGCAUGUGUUUGUGGGUCAGGCAUUGGAAGUACAGCAGGAACAUGGUCACGUGGGAUGGGCUGUUCUGUGUUUCCUGGUUCUGUGCUCGUUGUAGCCUGCCACCAGUUCUCAGGAGUAGCCUAACGCGUAAUAAACCUGUCAGGUAGAGUGGAAAUUCAUCAACACAUGGUUAAGACAAACCAUAUUUAAGUAAGACUCUGGUUCAGUCUCACCAGGACACUCCAUCCUUAGGUUGCAAAGCUGGGAGAGUGGCAGUGGCCCUCUUGGAAUGAUAGCUGUUAGCACGCCUUCUUUUUCACUCAGACUGCUCCAGUACAGACUGGUUGACUUCUUUGGGCAAAACUGUCGUCCUGAGUGGUGACCGCUCCGUCACAGUUCCUGUGUCAGAGCUCCUGUUUCUGAUAGUCCAAAUCCUUUUCUCUCUUGUUUUACUGUCUUGUUUUCUCAUCUUUAUUUUUAUGGAACACAUCCUUCAUUAUCUUUUUGAGAAAGGAGGACAUGGAAAGUAAAUGUUUUUGAGGUCUUGCAUGUCUGGAAGUAUCAUGGCCAGGGAUAAAAUUUCAUGUUAGAAAUCAUUUUACUUUAGCAUUUUGAAAGCAUUUCUCCAUCACCUUCCCAAUUCCAGUGUUGCUGUUGAGGAGUGUGAAACCGUGUUGACUCCUGUUCCCUCAUAUAUCAUUUCUUUAUUUCCUCUCUGGGAGCUUGGAGAGCCUUCUUUUUGUCACCAGUGUUGUAAAAUUUCAGAGAUGGGUCUUUUUGUGGGUCUGGUUUCACCCGUUGUGCUGGGCCCGUGGUAGCCCUUUUAGUCUGUUGAUAUAUGUCCUUGACGAUGCAGAAGAUUUUGUGCAUUAUUUCUUCCAUUUUUGUCCUUUCCAUUUUUCUGUGGGGUUUUUUUUUUUUCUUUUUAUAGAACUGCUUUUGUUUGUGUAUUAUACACUCUCAGGCCAAACUUCUAAUUUUUAUCUUUUCUCCUGUUUUCUUUGUUUUUUUGCUCCAUUUUGAAAGAUUCCUCAACCUUAUCUUCCACCCAUUCUGUUGAGUUUUUCAUGUCCGUUACUGUGUUUUUAAUUUCCAAGAACUGUCUUUUUUCUUUGAAAUGCUCUUUUUUCUAUAGAUGUAUAUAAUAUCCUGUUCUCAUUUGAUGCAAGUACUAUUUCUCUGAAGGCAUGAAAGGACUUUUUUUUUUUGUCUUUUUGGGAUUUUCUUCUAUUUUGCUCACUAUCUUAGAUGUUAGAAGCUUUCCUCAGAUGUUUGGAAAUCCUUAACCGCUUCUCAUGAUAAGGAAUCAGAAUCUACAAAGCUUGUUGGAAGCUCUGAGUGUGUGAAUGGGGCUUGUUGACUAGGAUGUCAUGAUGGGGUGAUCUGGGGGGGCCUGUUUGGUCAUACCUCUGAUUUCAGUAGAUUGAUAACUUCACUUUUUGGCUGAUCAGAUUCCUCAUAGAAGAAUCUAUAUAUUCUACCUAGAGGAUCCAGGUCUGGCUGCCUUGGAGUUGGGGCAGGGAAGAGACCUGGGGAAGUGGGCAUGCCUCUGUGUUUAGCAUUUGUUCUGUGUGUGUACUGUCUCUGAUUCCCCUGUGCUGCUGGUGGUUUUGUAAAAUGCCCAAAUUCUCACCUGGUCUUCUUGUCCUCCGUUCCAAGAGAUUUCCUGUUUAAUUCUUGAAAUAAACCUUGGUCGGGGUGGGGGAGGGGCAGCCUCUGCAGCAGGGAGGAGGAGGGGGAAGGGAAAUGCUUACUGCUGCUAGAGCCUUACCCUCCCUGUUUCAGCCCCUCUCCCUUUCACUCCAGUUCUAGAGGAAUUUGGUGCUGCUUCUAACUGAGCCUUUCUUUUUUUUCCACUACUGGCUUGUGAUUUGGCCUUUUCCGUUCUGCUAACUGAAAUACUUUUUGUUACUUAUCCAUCUGUUUUCCAGCUUCCAAAAUUUUGUUGCUGUAUCUCUUUGGUUUUUCCUCAUACUGGUGGAUUUUUUUCUUAAUCGCUUUAUUUUAGUUUUAAUGGCAUAUAGGGAGAGACUGAAGUUAGAUGCUUCUAUUCAGUCUGAUACUUUGACCCAGAGGUCACUUUUCAUUCUCUUAUAUAUGUCUUUAAUUAACAGAAAGUCUGUUUUAAUAAAGUCAAAUAUUUAAUGGAGUCAAUACAUUUUUUUAUCUUGUUUAAGAAAUUCUUUCCUACUGUGAUGUCAUAAAGAUUCUCUUGUAGUGCCUCAUAUAAGU